AUGGACGUGAUGGCUGCAGCUGCUUCUGGCUUAACCAAACAUCCGAGCCAUCCGCACCAUGAGCUGACUCUUCUGUGUAAGCCCGGCCGGGCUGCCUCCUUAAGAUUCGAUGCUUGUGGCGCCAUACACCGAGGGAACUCCUAUUUCUGCACCUUUUGUCAAUACUGCAUCAGCCAGCGCUGCGCUGCGUUACCUGCUACCCUCGACCGCCACCACCUCCACAACCACCCGCUCUCCCUGGCUUAUCGUCUCCCACUUGAAUAUCUCAAGUACGAUUUCAAGUGUGAUGUGUGCCUCAAGGCGUUGCUCCCUCGAUAUUGGGUCUAUCACUGUGGGAUUUGCAGAUAUGUUGCCCAUAUCAACUGCGCCAUCUCAGCAUCUCCCUUCAUCACGUAA